CUCACUCAAAAAUAGAAAAUCGAACUGUUGUGAAUUCAAACAACAAUUAACCUUACAAUCCCCAAUUUUUUUUCGUAAUAAGUUACACCCGAUAAAAACUAUACUAUCGUUAUAGUUUUUUCAACCGCAUCACAAAAUUAGGAUAGAGGUCAGAUACCAUUCGAGGAAAAAUGGCCAUCGAUGCGACCAAUAAUCCUGAAGCUCCUGAAGCAGGAGCCAGUAACUCAGGCAGAAUGGCAGGACUUAUUUUACUCCGUCCACUUGGUCUGCAUGUGGGACGAAAAAGGAGCCCUGAAGAUGAAGGACGCCCUGAGGGAGGACAUAAUGGACUUUAUCCAACAAGCCCAGCAGCGAGUGCUAGCCCAUCAGGAGGAGCAAGCCCUGUUAAAAGCCUACAUCGCCGAAUGGAGGAAAUUUUUCACUCAAUGUAACUACCUGCCAACACCCUUUCGUCAGCUGGAGUCAUCUCUAGCCGGAAAAACAUCAUCCAGCAUUCAGAAGAGGAGUCAGGCGGAGGAGAGUAUCGUUAAGAAGCUUAUGUUAGAUAGUUGGAAUCAGAGUAUAUUCAAUGACAUUAAGAAACGCUUGCAAGACUCAGCAAUGAGGCUAGUGAGGGCUGAGAGAAAUGGAGAGGCCUUUGAUUCACAACUGGUCAUUGGUGUCAGGGAAUCGUACGUCAAUCUCUCAGCAAACGUUGGCGACAAACUCCAGAUCUACAGGGAGAACUUCGAGGCAGCUUAUAUCGAAUCAACCGAGCAAUUUUACUGCGUCAAAGCUCCUGAACAACUGCAGGCUUAUGGGGUAGAGAGCUACAUGAAAUAUGCUGAAACAAAACUACGAGAGGAGGAGUUGAGAGCUCAAAAGUACCUCGAGCCCAACUGCACGAGUGUUCAAUUACUAACAGAGUGUUGUGUAAAAGUCCUGGUGGCGGCCUUCAGGAGUCCCAUUCUCGCCGAAUGCCCCAGAAUGAUCAGAGAUCAUCAAACAACAAAGCUUCGACUGAUGUUGAAACUAAUGGAUCGAGUGGCUGAUGGUGUGGGACCUAUGUUAAAAGAUCUUGAGGAUCACAUAUCGAGUGCUGGUCUCGCUGAUAUGAUGGCAGCUGUUGACGUAAUUACUCAAGAUUCAGAAAAAUAUGUCGAACGUCUGCUAGAACUCUUCAGGAGAUUUUCGGCACUUGUGAAAGAGGCUUUCGAUGAUGAUCCGAGAUUUUUAACUGUUCGUGAUAAAGCUUACAAACUCGUUGUCAAUGAUUCCACAGUUUUCCGACUAGAGUUACCCUCGAAGAGCUCCGGCUCAUCCGUUGCAUUUGGUACUAAACCAAACAAUAAUAAUAAUGGUCAACCGGAGUCAAAGUGCCCGGAAUUGUUGGCUAAUUACUGUGAUAUGCUUCUCAGGAAGACACCACUUAGUAAAAAACUUACGUCUGAUGAGAUUGAGAGUAAACUUCGUGAUGUACUUCUGGUGUUGAAAUAUGUGCAGAACAAGGAUGUUUUCAUGCGUUAUCAUAAGGCCCAUUUAACGAGAAGAUUGAUACUGGAUAUGUCUGCUGAUUCUGAGAAGGAGGAGAACAUGGUGGAGUGGCUGAGGGAAGUGGGAAUGCCAGCUGAUUAUGUCAAUAAACUCGCGCGAAUGUUUCAGGAUAUAAAGGUAUCUCAGGAUCUCAAUCAACAGUUUAAAGAGCAGUGCAGAGCUACCAUUGCUGACAGCAUUAAUAUCAAAAUACUGAAUGCUGGGGCGUGGGCUAGGAGCAAUGAGAGGGUCACUGUCAGUUUACCCCUUCAAUUGGAAGAUUACAUACCGGAGGUGGAGGAGUUUUACAAGAAGAAACACAGUGGUAGGAAAUUACAGUGGUACCAUCACAUGUCCAAUGGCACCAUCACUUUUGCUAAUCAAGUGGGGAGAUUUGAUGUCGAUGUGACGACCUUUCAAAUGGCUGUUCUCUUCGCCUGGAAUCAACGACCACUCGAAAGAAUAUCGUAUGAGAAUCUGAGAUUAGCGACGGAAUUGCCGGAUCCUGAAUUGAGGAGGACUUUAUGGUCGUUGUGUGCAUUUCCCAAGCUCAAGAGACAGCUGAUUUUAGUGGAUCCACCUGCCUGCAGCCCUAAGGAUUUUACUCAUGAUACUCGGUGCUGGGUGAAUCAGGAAUUUGCUAUUGUCAAAAAUGGAAAGCUCCAGAAACGAGGGAAGAUCAAUCUCAUUGGGAGACUGCAAUUGUCAACUGAACGCAGUAAAGAGGAGGAUAACCAGUGCAUCGUACAGCUGAGAAUAUUAAGGGUUCAGGAGGCGAUAAUAAAAAUCCUGAAGAUGCGGAAAACCAUAAAUAAUGCCCAACUCCAGACAGAAUUGAUCGACAUUCUGAAGAAUAUGUUUUUACCCAGUAAAAAAAUGAUUAAAGAACAAAUUGAGUGGCUGAUAGAGCACAAAUACAUAAAACGACAUGAUGACGAUAUAAAUACAUUCGUCUAUGUGGCAUAACCCGAGAUCUCGACAUUGUGUAUGUUCCUCUUCCGUUUCAUCAAUUGAUGUCAUGUAUAUUUUUAUAACAAAUCCUAAGAUUUCUACCAUUUUUUUUUUCAUUACCAAUGAAGAGAAAAUCAAGAGUAAUAGAAAAUAAAAACCGAUGAGAAUAAAUUAAAUUUAUAAUAAACUGAUGGCCUAGGGAAUAACAAUUUGACACAGAAAUCAUGUUAUUAUUGGACAGUUUAAAGCUCUCAAAAUGUCUUCGAAGAAAAUAUAAAUAUUAAAAGUAAAUAGUUUAGUGUCCAAUGGAUGAAGUCUGAUAGGGAAUAUCUUGUAUAAAGCCUUCAAUAAUAUUUCAAUGAUUUAAUUAAGCGUGUAACGUGUACAAGUUUAAACAUCAUUGAUUAAACAGAAUAACAUUUUUCAAA